ACCCGAGCGAAUACAAAUGUGCGACAUAAAUUAACACCGUCCGCAGGCCCGCUUCCUCGUCGAAACCCUCGAAGCCCCAAAACCGAACGCUUGUACCUGGUCCACACCGAGCGGAACCGACUCUUCUAUCGCCGAGGAAUCAUGAGUAAGCGAUACAGUCGAACCAUCUACGUCGGCAAUCUCCCAGGGGACAUACGUGAAAGAGAGGUGGAAGAUCUGUUCCACAAGUAUGGACCAAUUAUUGAUAUUGAUCUGAAGAUUCCUCCAAGGCCUCCAGGUUAUGCAUUUAUUGAGUUUGAAGAUCCUCGUGAUGCUGAAGAUGCUAUUCGUGGUCGUGAUGGAUAUACUUUUGAUGGUCACAAAUUACGGGUGGAACUUGCUCAUGGCGGUAGGAACCAAUCGUCAUCACUUGAUAGGCAUAGAAGCUACAACAGUGGAGGUCAUCGUGGCGGUGUUUCCAGGCGCACCGAGUAUCGUGUUAUGGUCACUGGUUUACCUUCCUCGGCAUCAUGGCAAGACUUGAAGGAUCACAUGCGCCGAGCUGGUGAUGUCUGCUUUUCUGAAGUUUUUCGCAAUGGGCGAGGUACUCAUGGGAUUGUAGAUUAUACAAACUAUGAUGACAUGAAGUAUGCAAUUAAGAAGCUUGAUGACUCUGAGUUCCGGAAUGCAUUUUCACGGGCAUAUAUAAGAGUGAAGCAGUAUGAUUCGGAGAGAAGCUUGUCUAGGAGCCGAAGUCGUAGCCGCUCUUAUUCAAGAAGUGUAAGUCCAGCCGAUGGUAGGAGCCGCAGCCGAAGUCGAAGCAAGUCACCGAAGGCACAGUCAUCACGUCGUUCCUUGUCUGGUUCUCGGUCAAGAUCUGCAUCUUCUCGUUCUCGUAGCCGUUCAAUAUCAAGAUUUGGGCUUAAGCGGGAAUCUCUGGAUUGGAUAUUAGGAUCUGGAUUGGAUAUGAUGGAAAUGCUUGCAACUAUUUUGGUGUUGUAAGGUAUGCUGUUUCAUAGACGAGCAGUUUAUGAAACCUGCAGAACAUCUUGAUCUUUACCACUAACUGGGCUUUUCUGACAAGUGGGCCUCAUUGGGGGCAGAAAGGAAUGGUUGCAAUAACAAACUGGAUUACUCUAAGUGGAUUUGGCUUUGGACAAGUGCUAGGAACAACUUUUGCCACUCAUUCAUCAUCCAGUGCUAUAAGCGGCCCUCAGGAUUCUGGGUGUAGUUUCCUUGGCAGAGCUGGGCGCUGAGGCUCUGAAUGCGCUAGCAAUCGGCACAUUAGGGGAGUGCUUGCCCGGGUUCUCAGCCUGGUAUCCUGCACCUCACGGUCAUGAUAUUUAUAGUCAUGAUAGUUUUUAGGUUAAAUGUUGUCAAAUAAGUACUUGAAAAUUUGUUGCUGGCACCAACUAUAUCUCAUCAACGAGCGGAAUGUUUUUUAAAUAAGAAUUCAAUACUUUAAAAGAAGUUUGGGCCCUUUAUUCUGCUUCCCGAAUGUAUUCUGAUGCAGAAAAGGCAGGCUUUUGAAUUAAGUUAAACAGCAAUAUGGAUAUUGAAUUCAGUUUUCUGGAACUUU